UGUUUUUAUAUUAUCGCGAUUUUAAUAUUUAUUACAUCGUGUUACGUAAUAACAUUUCUACGUUGUUGUGUCUCUUUUGCUUCCAGUUCCAUUUUGAACGUUAUCAUGUAGUGUGGUAUAAAUAACAUGCACCAAGUCUACCAUUUACUAUGAUCUAGUGAAAGCGGUUACUGUGUUUGUUAAAUUUUUUAAAACAAUUUCAUAAUUAAAAUUUACGUUAGGGUUACGCUGUCUCUAGAUAAGGCUCAUCGCAGAGUAAAAUUGGCUUAAACGUAAGGCUUUGAAUUGUUUGCACUUUUUCAUCGUUAUUUUGAUACCUGUGUUAUUAACACAUUUAGGAUUUUAAGUAUUGAGCCUUAGAGAAGCCAAGACCAUGAAGACAAGAUUUAAUACUGUGGAUUUAACUGCAAUUAUAACCGAGUUAAAACAAAAUCUUUUAGGCAUGCGAGUUGCACAAGUGUAUGACGUAGACCAUAAAACUUACCUUAUAAAGCUUAGUACGGAAGAGAAAAAGUCUGUUUUGCUAUUGGAAUCAGGAAUCAGACUGCACACGACAGAUUAUGAAUGGCCCAAAAGUCCUGCACUAUCCGGAUUUUCUAUGAAACUAAGGAAACACUUGAGAAACAGACGGUUAGAAAUGAUUAGACAACUUGGAGUUGAUAGAAUUGUUGAUAUGCAGUUUGGGAUUAAUGAUGCAGCAUACCAUGUUAUAUUAGAAUUGUAUGAUAGAGGAAAUAUAGUGCUUACAGAUUCUGAAUAUAUCAUCCUUAAUAUAUUAAGACCAAGAGCUAAAGGAAGUGAGGAUGUCAAGUUUGUUGUGCGAGAAAAAUACCCAGUAGAUUUAGCUCAGCAGUCUGAACCUGUACUAGAUACAGGAAAGUUAACAGAAAUCAUCAGUACUGCCAGAGUUGGAGAUAAUCUUAAAAAAGUACUUAUACCCCAUGUGCCUUAUGGACCAGCUGUUAUAGAGCAUGUUUUGCUUGGCCAUGGUUUUCAGCAAAAUACAAAAAUAGGUAAAGAAUUUGAUGCAUUAAAAGAUGUGUCUAGACUUAAAGAAGCUUUGCAGGAAGCUGAGAAAAUUUUGAAUGAGGCAAGUAAAAAUCAAUGUAAAGGAUUUAUUAUACAAAAGAAUGAAAAGAAACUCAACAUUGAAAAUGGUGAACAAGAAUUUACAACAAAUGUAGAGUUUCACCCUUUCUUGUUUCGACAACAUCAACAAAACCCUUAUGUUGAAAAUUGCUCCUUUGACAAAGCUGUUGAUCAAUUCUUUUCUAGUUUAGAAGGUCAAAAAAUUGAUUUAAAAGCUAUUCAACAAGAAAAAGGAGCUCUAAAAAAAUUACAGAACAUUAAAAAAGACCAUGAACAGAGAGUUAGUUCUUUACAAAAGGUACAAGAAGAAGAUAUUUUUAAAGCACAGGCAAUUGAGAUAAAUCUUCCUCUUGUUGAUAAAGCCCUUUUAGUUGUGCGUAGUGCAAUUGCUAACCAAAUAAGUUGGACUGAAAUUUGGAACAUCAUUCAAGAAGCUGCAGUACAAGGGGAUCCAGUAGCUAAAGCAAUCAAGUCCUUGAAAUUAGAAGUAAAUCACUUUACUAUGCUACUUGAUGUCCAAAAUGAUAAUACACAGAAGAGUGAAGGUAAUGAGAAUGAAAAGACUGGGAGCAAAAAUUCUGUACUAGUAGAUAUUAACAUUGAUUUAUCAGCAUAUUCAAAUGCAAGGAAAUACUAUGAUAAAAAAAGAAAUGCAGCAAAGAAAGCUCAAAAAACACUUGAGUCAUCAGAAAAGGCAUUCAAAUCAGCAGAGAAAAAAACCAAACAGCUUUUGAAAGAGGUGGCAGUUAUAACGACAAUAACAAAAGCCAGAAAAACUUUUUGGUUUGAAAAAUUUUUAUGGUUUAUAAGCUCGGAGAAUUAUUUGGUUAUUGGAGGAAGAGAUAUUCAGCAAAAUGAACUAAUUGUGAAGAAAUACCUUAAACAAGGGGACAUCUAUGUUCAUGCUGACCUUCAUGGGGCAAGUAGCAUCGUGAUCAAGAACCCCACUGGUGGUGACGUUCCACCAAAAACUCUCAAUGAAGCAGGAACUAUGGCUGUUUGUUACAGUGCUGCAUGGGAAGCAAAGAUUGUGACAAGUGCUUGGUGGGUUUAUCAUCAUCAAGUGUCUAAGACAGCCCCUUCAGGGGAAUAUUUGACUUCUGGGGCAUUCAUGAUUCGUGGUAAAAAGAACUUCUUACCUCCUUCUCACUUAAUCAUGGGGUUUGGUUUUUUGUUUAAAUUAGAUGAAGAUAGCGUAGAAAACCAUAAAGAGGAGCGAAAGGUAAAGCUGGAUGAUGGAUAUGAUGCUGUGGGUGAAGAGCUGAUUUCUAGCCUGGAUAUUGAAGAAGAUAAAGAACUACCUGUUAAGGAAGAUGAUCUUGAAGAAGAUCAGAAUGAAAACCAUGAAGGAGAGAUACGUGAAAAUAUUAAAAGUGUUCCAGUCAAUACAGGUUGUGAACAAAAUUUUGCUAGAAAUGAUGAUGUCAAAAAGAGUAAUACAGAUGAUGAAAAUACUUCAGAUGAUGAUGAAAGUCUAAAAUUUCCUGACACUCAAGUUAAACUGGGCAGCUAUAAUGAGUAUAAAAGUGAAGCCUGUAAUGUUGAGAGUCUAGAAGAUGAGAAGGUUGUAUUUUUGGGAGAUGAUCAACCAGUGUUAAUUAAAUCUUCAAAAAUAGAAAACACUGCCCUUAAAAAGUCAAGGCAAAAGCUUCCAAUCAAACAAGAUACCUCACACAAAGACAUUAACGACCAAAUUAAAGCAUCCAUACAGCCCAAGAGAGGGCAGAAAGCCAAGAUGAAGAGAAUCAAAGACAAGUACAAAGACCAAGAUGAGGAGGAACGACAAUUAAGAAUGGAAAUUCUAGCUUCUGCUGGAGGAAAAGAAAAAGGUAAUAAAAAUGGGAAAAGUUCAAAAGAGAAAAAACAAAAACAAGAGAAAAAAAAACUUUCCAAUCAGAAGAAACAAGGAAAAGGAGCUGUUCAUUUUUACCAGCCCAAUGAAGAUGUAGAGGAUACACCAAGUCACGUAAAAAAUGAACUUCCAAAACAGCAGAUUACUGAUAGUGAGCACCAAGUUGAUGGGGAGGUUGAAGAUGGGGCUGAAGAAAUGGCCGAAAACAAUGAAAUUACACAGCUUAUUAAUUUGCUAACUGGUAUUCCUCUUCUUGAUGAUACCUUGUUGUUUGCUCUUCCAGUGUGUGCUCCAUAUGCAGCCAUGCAGAACUACAAGUUUAAAGUUAAGGUCUUGCCAGGAACGGCUAAGAGAGGUAAGGCAGCAAAAACUGCUCUGCACAGUUUCCUUCAAGAUAAGAUUACAGCUCGAGAUAGAGAUUUGCUUAAAAGUGUGAAAGAUCAAGACAUUUCAAGAAAUUUGCCUGGAAAGGUGAAACUAGUAGCCACAAGUUCUGCAAAAUCCAAGUAGAAUAAAUUGUAAAACAUUUUAAAUAAAGAUAUAAUAACCAAAGCACUGAAGAUCGUCUUAUAGUUGAAACUCUAUAAAAUAAGGUGUUCAUACUACUAAAAGAAAUUAUUUUUACUCAUCCAUUAUAUGUACAAAACAGUUGUGUGUUGGAAUCUGUUUGUACCAAAAACAAAAUUCCAUCUGGAGUAUAAAACAAAUACUGAUCAUGACAAUGACUUGUGUGUGUGUUUUCAUGAGAAAAGUUUGUAAAAUUAGCUACUUUAUUAGCAAAAAUUACAUCCAAAUUUUUGAGCUGCGUGUAUAAUACAGAAGCUAUAGUACUGUAAAUCUUGUGAUGAACUGUUACAGCCACUCUGCAUUUAAUUUUGAACUGUAAUUACUGUAAGAAGAAGGCUCUAAUAGUUUAGUUUAGUUGUAGGCUGAUAGGGGGUAGAUAUAAUAUAUCAUCAGCUCCUAAUCACCCAGCAGUUGCAUUAAUACAAAAAUGUGUGUAACUUUUAUAUCUGUUAAAACAUUCCCAUUAUAAAAUAGUUAUUAUCAGUUAUUAAUAGAAUAAUUUACAGUUAUAACUUAAUACAAUAAAUAACUUAUCAUUUUUGAUCCAUAAAGUAAUUAUCAAAUAUGAUGAAAAAAUUUUUUUUAAAAGUGUCAUAAAUGCUGGAAAUAUGAAGUUAUAUUUAUUAUGUCCAGUGGUAAGGAGUUCUACUCUUUGAAAGCAAGGCCUCAAACAGUUUUAUGAAGAUAAUUUGGUAACAAAACAUUGCUGAGGAAAUAACUUUUGACUAUUUAAGAUAAUUACAUAUUUUAUUAUUUCUUACAAAAAUAAACUGUUAAUGAUACAUUUAAAUAUCUGAACAUUAGACAGUUUUGUGUUAAACAUAAAAUUCACUAGCUGAAAAAUAACUGAUUAGAGUGAAUUUGUUAUUUUACUUCCCAGAAAGUGAAUAGUUAAAUGAUUCUAACUACUAGUGUAACUUGGCCUGUAAUAAUUUGUACAUGACAUCUUAUUUGAAAUAAUUCCUAGAAAUAUAUUCCAAUGGUUUAUGAUACAAUUUUACAAAUAUUUAAUUAUUUAACUUUUUCUCAUGUCCUAAUGAUAAUGUAUUUAAUGUUUGAAAUACAGUUUGUAAAAACCCAACUAUUCACCUACAUUUUCUAAUUCUUUACUUUUACAACAGAUUUAAUAAUUUUUAUCUGCAAAAAAAAUAAAAAAUUAUGCCAUCAACAAAUAAUAAAUUUGACUCGUUAGAUCAAUUGAAAAUGUCAUUAAUAUACAAAGUAAUUGGGAUAAGACCUAAUACAAAGCCUUGUAGUUCUCCACAUAUUGUGAUUUAUCUGAAUUAGUAUUUUAUAUUUAAAAUGUACCAGUUACCAAAUAAGAUCUAAGCCAGUGCAGUACCAACUUUCAAAAGAUUAUCUCGAACACUUUUGAGAGAUUGAGAAAAAACACCAUUUGUAAUUUUACUGUUAUCAAUAAACUCUGCUAU